AUGUACUCAGUGAAUGAAUUGGACAGCUCAAACAGCACAUAACUCAUUUUCCCAUUAAGUAUUGUGCACAAAACUUGUUGCAGCAACAGAGGAAAUCCAAAAAAAAGAAAAGAAAAGGAGCAAAUGUUGUUCAAGAAAACCAUGCAAAAAACCAAAAACUUCUUCCAAAAAUCUCUGCAAAACAUCCGAAACUUCCUCUUUGGAAGCUAUGAUAAGAUACCAAGAACCUUAUUCUUAAACCCUUUAUCCUGCACCAGCAUUAACCAAAGAAACCAUCAUCUAGAUCACAUCUACCCAGAAUUGUGCAACUCAAACCAAUCACCAAUGUCAGAACAAGAUGAUCAACACAAUGCUGACAGUAGUCCAAUGAAGCAGUUCAUGAACAUUGCUGUCAAUAACAGCACUGAAGUAAUCAACUCUACACAGAAAAUGGAAGUUCCAGAAAAGAUUAUUCAGAAAUCUGCUUCAACUUCUUUUAGGUGUGAAAUUGCUAAUGGUGGGGCCCCAGCUUACAUGCUAGCAGAGAAAAUGAAGGAAUUAGAGAUGAUGGAUGAUGUAGGGGAUGUUGAUCAUACUUUAGAUGUUGAAGAAGCUCUUCACUAUUAUUCGCGCCUUACUUGUCCCGAAUAUGUAGAUAUUGUCAACAAUUUCUUCAUGGAUAUGUAUGCAGAUUUUCGGGUUCCACAACCUUCCAUCACCAUUAGUUCUUCGAGCAGAAGAUUAGGCCCCUUGGCACUUUAAGCAGAUUAAUACUUCUAUGGUCUGAUUGUUUUUCUCUGUUUUUUUUCUUCUGAAUUCUGUCAAUCAAUCCCUUGAGUUUUGUGUGCUUAGUUAGUAGUUCAGUGUGUCUUAUUGUACUACUCUUAUGAUGUAAUAAGGUGAAAAUAUGCUAUGCAUUGCAGGGGAAAACAUAUGAAAAAUGUGUGUCAAAAUUAUAAAUUCCUUGUUGAAAAUCAAUAAAAAAAAAAAGGACUGAUUGUUUUGCUGAUAAA